AUGAGCAUAGCAGAUGCCAAUACAGAUCUAGAAGUAUUGCAAAAUGAACAUAAGCGCCUUACAAAAGCAUGGAGUGAGGUUAUUAUAGCAAUUCAACUAAGGGACAAAAUAUUAUUUCAAGUAAAAGAUACUAUAAGAAAGUACAGAGAGUCAAUAAAGCUAAAAGUAACUGGUAUUGAAGCUAUAAAGAAACAAAUUGGAAAGGAAAUGGAAUUAAAUAAAAAAUUGGACUCCUUCAAACAACGCUUAGCCGACGAUACCAACUCUUUGCGCCGUGACUGCCAAGAAGAAAAUGAAACGCUUCUUAGACUGCAAGGAAAACUUGAUGAACUACCUGUUUUUUUAAGCAACACUGAAUCUGAUCUUCAAGAAGCAAUGAGGGAGGGUAACCAUUUAAUUUCAGAAAUUCGAAAGAUUGACUUCUCUUUAGAUAAAUGCCAGCAAAGAAAAUUUAAAACUGAAGAAUCCAUAUUAAAAAUGGCUGAAGAUCAUCUUAUAACAGAUAAGGCUACUGCCUAUCGUUUAAAAUUAUUAAACAAGUCACAAGAACGUCGACGAAACGUAGACUUAUCGUUGUCAAAAGUACAAAACCAAUUGGCAUCAUCAAUGCUCGAAGUUGAAAAGCUUCGGAGUUCCGUUUUUAAUUCAAAAUCUUAUAAUAGUUAUAUAAAAACUAAUUUAAAUAAUGCUGAAAACAAAUCAUCUACACUAGAAAAUGAUUUGAAAAAAAUGCAUUCACAAAUUGAAGUAAAAAUGAAAUUAUUCGAAAAAAUUAGCAACAAAAUAGACAUAAUGCAAAAAAUUUUUGGUGAUGCUUCCGGGAGUCCGACUGAAAUAAAGAUAAAGCAAAUUGAAAAAUCCAUCCACACAGGAGAGUUACAAAUUCGAGAGCAUCAGCAAUUUUGGAUUAUGUUGCAGAACCAUUUCGUGAAUUUGUCUCAAAAAAGGAAUGACCAACUAAAUGAAAUCCAAGUAACUCGAAAACAAUUAUCCAUUAUUAAACAAAAAUCUCUGAAAAUUGACCAGGAGCUUGAAGUAUCAGAGAGUAAGACUAAGGACCUUAAACUAUGCAUCCAAAAAUUUACCUCAAAGUUAGAGCUUUUAAACGAAAAAAUAUACAAAAAAAGAAUUCACCAUGAUUUUGAAGAAACAGAAUUUGAACACGAACAGGCUGAACUUAGCCAGAAACUUAAGGACACUGAAUUUGGAAUUCUUAAGCUAGAAGGAGGCAUUACAGAAAUACAACAUGAAAUUGAGCUACACAAAGAUUUGGUUAUUGAAAAUCACAGAAAAGCUUUAUCGUGGGAAACUAAAUAUAAGCUACUUGAGGAAACAAUCCAAUGGACAAAGUCGGAACGAUCUUUAAAUGGGGAAAUGGGGCUAAUGAAAAGUGAAAUACAUCGAAUGAACAUUAGAUAUAGUCAACUGAAGAAAGCGCAGGAAAAGCUUGUUCAUGAUUUAGAACAUUGCGUAAUGCAUCGCGAACAAAUAUUUAUUAAUGCAUCAGUAAAAGAACAUGUAAAGACCAAAAUAAAAAAAUUAAAAAAUGUUUCUCAAAUACAAGUCAGAUUGGAUGAAGUUCAUAAUAGAGCAAAAAUAAUUCGAAAUGAAAUAGCAUUUUUGUCCGAAAAACGUUUAACAGAGGAUAUUAAUAAAAUUGAGCGCAUGAUUUAUAUGUUAAGAAGAAUUCAAUCUGAUCUCAAUGAUAUUCUUAAAGAUGAUUCUAAUAUUCGGGAUAGAAUAGAUGAAGGUCUUUUAGCAAAACAUGCAAACUUAGAACAAAUUAUAAGAAAACAAACAAGAGCCAAAAUAUAUCGAAAACUUAAUCUUGUCAAGUCCCAACAGAAAAUGGCCCGUGCUGAUAUGACCGUUCAACAACUGUUGCAAAAGCAAAAUGAACUCAAUGUUGUGCUUAAAGAGAUAGUUCAAACUCUUAUUAUAGACUAUCCAGAUAAAAAAUCUUUUUUUAUGAAAGUUGUUCAUGUACUUAAAGAAUAAUAUUUACCUGUUAAAGUACAUAUUAGUUAUUAAAUUCAAAAAAAAUUUGGUGUUUUAUAUGAGUGCAGAAAAACAGUUAUAUUUGAUAGUGCAAUAAAAACUGCAAGAAUAAUUAAA